AAGAUGUUGUAUUUUAAUUUUUCUUCAAUUAAGUUUUCACGCUACAUAGAUGGCACCAUUAACUGCCACAGGGAUCUACUGUAGCCAGGUAGCACCACUAGCCACCAUUGAGUCCAAGCCUUCAGACUAAUGGCCCGGGGCGCUUGACCCCCAUGUUGUUUACUGUAACAUAAACAGUAUGUGUUUGGAAGUUCACCCUGCCUGAUGUCUCUUUCCUUCCAUGGCUCCCAUGCCCCCCGGCCCGCCGGUCACCACCUCGUCAUGCAAGACCCUCAUCUUUUCCGCAGGCCCGCAUGGGCUCUGCUCUACUUUAUUUUCACGGGUGGCCGUCAUCUACCAGUGUGCCACUCGCCCUUCUGGACCACAACGAAUCAAGGGGGCCCCUCCUGACACCGCUGUUGCACCAAGAUGAACCCAAGCAGGAGACGAGGCCCAUACAAGAGGUACUAGACGGAUGGAAAACUGCCGCGGUUGCCUGUGCCAGGCUUCGCCACCCAAGAGGAGGGGACAAGAACAAGGAACAAGAACCACCGAACAGAACUCGGGACAUAGAAAGGGCUCUGUCAAAGUGGCUAACAUCUGCGCCCGAUAAGGAAGGAGGGCGACAGCUGCGGGCCGCCCCCAAGGGCAGAUCCUUCUCCGACUCCCAUCGUACCCUAGUUGGCAGUUGCCAGUCUGGCGGCCUUCAGAGUGGCCGACACAAGGAUGGUGGAGCCUGCAGUUCUCACCAUGUUGGGAGCGCUAGCAGCCCCCCUCAUGCUUCUGGGCCUCGCACUCACAACCAAUUCCCUCCGAAACCCCUUGUCCAAGUCGAAGGUGGUCGGACAGAUCAGAUUCCCCCCGAAAUGCGUCCAUAAACAGUUAAAAAUAAAAGACUUCA